AUGACAUCGGAAAACAAAGUUCAUAAAGCAAUCCCCAUUACCUUAUUAUCAGGAUUUUUAGGUUCUGGCAAAACUACACUACUAGAGAAGAUUUUGACUACCGAUCAUGGCUUAAAGAUUGCUGUCAUCAUUAAUGACAUGUCUGAAUUAAAUAUUGAUUCGUCAUUAGUCCAGACCCACAACGUUUGUCAAAAAGAGGAGAAGCUGAUUCAACUGCAAAACGGAUGUAUUUGUUGUACUCUUCGCGGCGAUUUGCUUGAGGAAUUAGUUGGAAUUGGUGAACGUGGUGAAUUUGAUUAUAUUGUCAUCGAAUCAACUGGUAUUGCAGAACCAAUGCAGGUCGCCGAGACAUUUUCUGUCGAGUUUUCAAACAUUCUGCUCGAGACGCCAGGUGGAAUUCCAGAAGACGAGGAAAAACUGUUGAAAAAGCUGUCUAGCAUGGGUGGACUUCAAGCAAUUGCAAGAAUUGACACUUGUGUCACUGUUAUCGAUGCACUAAAUUUUUUGUCGAACAUUCAAACCACCGAAUUUUUAGCCGACCGUUGGGGCGAGAGCGGUCAGGGUGAGGCUGAGCGGACCAUCACGGAUUUGAUGGUCGACCAAAUUGAAUUUGCUGAUGUUAUCAUUGUCAAUAAGAAGAGUACGGUUUCUAAAAAAAAGUUGAAGGAAAUCAAGAAAAUGGUCAAAAUACUUAAUCCAGUGGCCAAGAUCAUUGCUACUGAUUAUUGUAAUGUCCCUUUGAAUUCCAUUCUCAAUACAAAGCUCCAUGACUUUGAGAAAGCUUCCCUAUCUGCGGGCUGGUUGCAAAGUAUCAACGAAAUGACUGUUCGAGAAGGUUUUGGGAAUAAAGGUGCAAGCGUUCUCACUCCUAAGCCAGAAACCGAGGAGUAUGGUGUUAACAAUUUUGUCUACCGUAGAAGGAAACCAUUCCAUCCUGAGAGACUCUAUGACCUAAUUCGAGACAAAUUUUUUAUCAUAGAGCAAGCUGGUGAUGCUGCAGAUGAAAAUAAUCAAGACUCAGAGGAACAGAAUUUGGAUUCUGAUGAGAGCUCUAGUUCUGAGGACGAUUCAGAGAUGGACGUUAAUACCGACCUCAGUAAUUGGAAAGAGGACGAAGGCGAAGACGAAGAAUAUACCGAGGAAGAGAUCAACAAGAAUAGGGCAAACUCGCCUUUCGGAAAACUCUUGCGGUCUAAAGGUUUCUUUUGGCUAGCUACUAGAUAUGUUAUUCGAGGUGAGUGGUCAAGUGCAGGCCCUAUGUUGACUCUCAAUGGCGGAUUGCCGUGGUUUGCAGUAUCAGGACUCGACGAUGUCCCUGAGGAGGCCUUGGAGCUUAUCAAGAAGGACUAUGAGGGUGAAUUUGGUGAUCGGCGAAAUGAAUUGGUUUUCAUUGGGUUGAACAUCAAUGAAAAACAGUUGACCGAAACAUUGGAUGCAUGUCUUUUGACUGAUAAAGAAUAUGAACAAUUCAAAGUUGUCACUUCCAAACACAAUGCUUUGGUUGCUGACGAGAAGCUGUCACGCUUAUGGGAUGAUGGCUUCGAAGAUUGGUUUAUUGUGGGAGUUGGUGAUGAAAUAGAAAAUGAUACAGAGAUGGAAAUCGAUGACGCCAAGGGAGGACGUCAAGAAUCCUUCGUUAAAGAUAGUUCCCUAAAUGAAUCUGUUUCCGCAUAG